AAAAGAAAAAAAAAGAAUAUUUCGAUCGUGGUGUGAGCUUUAACUCCACUUUCCCACUAGCAGCUAGGGUUUCUCCCCUCUUCUUUUCCCCUCCUCCCGCUGCCCUCGGCUCCCACGACGCCCGGCUAGGGUUUUGCCUCCUUCCCGCUGCCGCCGUCUCAGCGAGCGAGACUGAGCUGUGCUUAGUAAGCCAUGUCGCUGCGCCCGAGCGAGCGGGUCGAGGUGCGGCGGAACCGCUACAAGGUGGCGGUUGACGCGGAGGAGGGGCGGCGGCGGCGCGAGGACAAUAUGGUGGAGAUCCGCAAGAGCCGCCGCGAGGAGAGCCUUCUCAAGAGGCGCCGCGAGGGGCUCCAGGCCCAGGUCCCUGCCCCUCCCUCGGGGGUCGAGAAGAAGCUUGAAAGCCUCCCAGCUAUGGUCAGUGGGGUUUAUUCGGAUGACAAUAACCUUCAGCUUGAGGCCACCACACAGUUUCGCAAGUUGCUAUCUAUAGAGAGGAGCCCUCCCAUUGAAGAAGUUAUCAAAUCAGGUGUAGUUCCAAGAUUUGUGCAGUUGCUCACAAGAGAGGAUUUGCCCCAGCUGCAGUUCGAAGCAGCAUGGGCUCUCACAAAUAUUGCUUCUGGCACUUCAGAAAAUACAAAGGUUGUUAUUGAUCAUGGGGCUGUUCCUAUAUUUGUGAAGCUUCUUGGGUCUGGUAGUGAUGAUGUUCGUGAGCAGGCUGUGUGGGCUUUGGGCAAUGUUGCUGGCGAUUCUCCGAAGUGUCGUGACCUUGUUCUCGCCAAUGGUGCAUUGAUGCCUCUGCUAGCCCAGUUGAAUGAGCAUGCGAAGCUCUCCAUGUUGAGGAAUGCCACCUGGACUCUGUCCAACUUUUGCAGGGGAAAGCCACAGCCAUCAUUUGAUCAGACUAAGCCUGCUCUGCCAGCACUUGCACGACUUAUCCAUUCCAACGAUGAGGAAGUUCUCACUGAUGCUUGCUGGGCUUUGUCAUACUUAUCUGACGGCACUAAUGAUAAGAUCCAAGCUGUAAUUGAAGCUGGUGUUUGCCCCCGGCUUGUGGAGCUCCUUCUCCAUCCAUCACCGUCGGUGCUUAUACCUGCUCUACGAACUGUUGGGAACAUUGUAACUGGAGAUGAUCAGCAAACUCAGUGUAUCAUUGAUCAUCAAGCUCUUCCCCGCCUCCUGAAUUUAUUGACACAGAACCACAAGAAAAGCAUUAAGAAAGAGGCAUGCUGGACGAUUUCAAAUAUUACUGCUGGAAACAAAGAUCAGAUACAGGCUGUCAUAAGUGCUGGUAUUAUCGCUCCUUUGUUGCAACUGCUUCAAGGAGCAGAGUUUGAUAUCAAGAAGGAGGCUGCUUGGGCCAUCUCAAACGCUACCUCUGGUGGUUCCCAUGAGCAAAUCAAGUACUUGGUGUCUGAGGGCUGCAUCGUGCCGCUGUGCGACCUUCUUGUUUGCCCUGAUCCGAGAAUUGUAACAGUUUGUCUGGAGGGUCUUGAGAAUAUUCUUAAAGUAGGGGAGCACGACAAGACCAUGGGCGCAACAGGUGACAUUAAUGUUUUCGCUCAGAUGAUUGACGACGCGGAAGGCCUGGAAAAAAUCGAGAACCUACAGAGCCAUGAUAAUAAUGAAAUCUAUGAAAAGGCUGUGAAGCUUCUUGAGACUUACUGGAUGGAGGAGGAAGAUGAUGCAAUGGCUACUGCUGGGGAAGCUGCUCCUGCUGUUUUUGACUUUAGCCAAGGUGGCAACCCUCCUGGUGGUGGUUUGAACCUCAACUGAAUACAGUAUUUGACCAAAAGGGUGUUAAUUCCCUCAUGACAACCUAGUCUGGUCGAUUCCAUGUGGGAUAAUGGUUUGUGGUUGGUCCAGUAAAUUCGAGAUUUCAAGGGAGAUGGGUUAGCAUUAUUCCCAAGCUGUCAUGGAUAUCAGUAUCGCAGGGUCUGUAACAGGACCAUAAUCGUCGAACAUGAGUCUGGGUUUUUGAGCAGGCUACUCUCUAGGGUUUGCGUCAUUUAUGUUUUAUAUCUGGCUACUGUAUAGCCUGAGUCUAAUUAUCUGCAAUGCCGUAGGACAUUCCUGAGUGGUUUGGUUUUGAGGUUCCUCAGGAAUGGUCUGCGUUGCAGGUUGUCCAGAGUUGUAAACCUUCAAGUGGUUUGAGUAUAUUGCUCGGCCUUGCUUUACUACGGUCGAUCCAACCUGUUGGAGGCCAAAUGACUUAUAAAAAGCUGUUGGCAGCUGCAUUGUUGGCGGUUGGUGAUAAAA